AUGUAUAAGUGUUCUGAACCAAGCUGUGAUAGAUACUUUAGCCAUCGUUCUUCUUAUCGCAACUAUAUAAAAACUCACAAUAAUAUAAUUGAAAACCUUCUUCAAGAAGCUACUAUAGAAAGAAGAAGUAAUAUACUAAGAAAUGUGCAGCAAGCUAAUCAAUGGGAUGGUGGUUUUGUAUUAGGUUUUAGAGGAGAAAUAGAAAAUAUUGAAACAGAAUUUGAAGAACAUAUGGAUUAUGAAAUAGACAAAAUAACAAAUGGUUUAGAGUCUGAUUAUAGUGAAGAAAGAAAUGAUAGAAUUAAUGAAGCAGAUGAUAGAGAAAUAGACGAUAAAGCAGAUGAUAGAGAAAUAGAUGAUGAAGCAGAUGAUAGAAAUAAUGAAAUAGAUAAUGAAAUGGAUGAUGAAGCAGAAUUUGAAGAUGAUGAAGUAGAAUUUGAAGAUGAAAUAGAUGAAAUAGAUAAG